UUCGGCCGUCUGCGCAUGUGUUGUACUGUGCCUGUUAGAAAGUACUGAGAAGAAAGUCUACCGGAAGGGGAGGGCGUUUCAUUUCCGAUCGUGUUUUUUUUAUGCAGUUGUAACGUUAGCAGCAGGAAAAACGUGGAAUGGACUUUUCACACUCGCAGCAGAAUGAGUGUGCCAGGAGCUCUGUGGCGUGCAAGUGGAGCCUGGCAGAAGCGCAACAAAAACUUAACAGCUUGGCCCUUCACAACUCCGAGUCUAUGGAUCAAGAACAAGCAAUGGCCCAGGCUGAAUUGUCAGAACUACAGCGCAGUGAAGAAGAAUGGAGAAGGAAAGAAGCAGCGCUAUCCCAGGGUGAGAACUGGGGAUUGCCCACUACGGAUGGUCUUAAUCAAGAUGUAUUUAAUAAGAGUUUUAUUAAUCAGGUUAAGAAAAGCAUAGAUGGUGAAGAUCAGUCAAUAUCUUUUAUACAGAAGUAUGAGGCAAAAAUUAGACAUUUUGGUAUGCUUAGUAGAUGGAAUGAUAGCCAGCAUUUUCUUUCUGAAUAUCCAGAUCUUGUCAGUGAAGAAACUGCUAAGUAUCUCCUCUUGUGGUGUUCUCAUUUAGAAAGUGAACAGAAGACAGCACUUAUGGAACAAGUGGCACAUCAAGCUGUUGUAAUGCAGUUUAUUAUAGAAAUGGCAAAAAGCUGUAACGUGGAUCCCAGAGGUUGUUUCCGUUUGUUUUUUCAAAAAGCCAAAGAAGAGAAAGAAGGUUAUUUUGAAGCCUUUAAAAGUGAACUUGAAAUUUUGAAGUCAAAAGUCCGUCAGCAUGCUGAAUGCCAAAGAUAUGAAGCUGCUAUUCUCAGGAAACCAGCUUUUCCUCCUGACCUUGGACAUAUGGGUACACAGCAGUGCCAUCAAAAGGAUGUUCUGCAAAGUCACCCUAAUGCUGCCGUUUGCCAUUUGAACCCUAUGGAGCAUGCAGAAGAUGAAGAUUUGAAAAUGAUGGACACACUAUAACACAAAAAGCACUUAAGCUAAAAAUGCUACAUGAGCUUAUGUGGCUGUGUUCUUAUUUGUGACUUACUAACUGAUUUUGCACUUUACCUUUUUGCUGUUGGAGGGAAAAAAAUUCCCGAGAUAUGUUUGUGGUGUUUUACUGCGUGAAUAUUGCUGCUAUUUUUACAUGAAAUACAGGGAAUUGAAAUGGAUUGCUUCUAUUUGCAACAAUUUUUUUUCUUUCUUUUUUUGCAAAGCUUAUUAGUUGAAAUAAUAUCUGCCAAUAUCCCAAUGAAAACUAAAAUAUUACUUAAAGGGAUCGCUUCAGGUCCUGAGGUUUCAAGACUUGGCCUUACCAAGUGCUGGAAAAUGGACUGUGAGAAGGGAACAACAGCUGCUGAGCUCUCUUCUUAAGCCUCAUGUAGAUUUGGAGUAUACCAAAGUCCUGCCAACACAACUCAAGAUAACCUGCUGGCCAGUUUAGUUUUUAAAAUGACCAGUGGCUUUUUAACCAGAUCCCAGGUGGUAUCCUUGUUAAACACAAACUAGCCUGUCACUCAGAAAAAGAUUCCCAACAAGUAAUGAUAUGCUAAAAGUCUUGUUGAUGCUGGAUAACCAUUACAUGACUUAUAUGCAGAAAGCAAUGCCUGGACAGAAAUAAAAAUCUUAUCUACAAUAUUA